GAACUGCAGAAAAUCUUGCUGACGAAUAUUUCCUGAUUCGCGUCUUGCUUGUGCUAUAUUAAACGACAGUGCUAUCUUGUGUUCUUUGCAUCUCUGCAAACAUUGUCGAUCGUAACCGAGCGAUUAAAUUGCGCGGUUACUUAUUGGCAAAAUCUCCAUCCUGGACAAGCGGAAAACCGCAUAAAAAAGCGAUUUUGGCAGCCAUCUUGGCGAGGCAGUGUUGCAGUGCGGCACGCUCGAUUAUCCCGUCACUUUCGACAACGAAAGACGCGCUCUCGAAGGAAGCGUUCACCAGCGCGGCGGUUUUUCGCGGCAGAGCCGGCUUUGUGAAAAUAGCAAUCGACGGUGUGUUCCGAAAGUGUUUGUUCCUUUUCAUUGGCCUGUUCGUAGUUCCACUCGAACGGCUGAAAAAAAAACCCAUCUCAGCACCCAUUGCCUAGCAAAAUCUCGGCUCCUCUUUUUUUUUCAUACGGCCAAGUGCGGCAGUGACUCCCAAGCCCGAGUAGUGCACGGCGCGAUAUCGAGUAAUAGCGGUUCUUUUCGAAUUUAGACGAGAACUUCGGAGGGAAUAUGGGUGAUUAUCAGGAUCCGAUGGUACAGCUAGAGCUGGGAGGCGGUUCGAAUGCUUUGCCCUACCCGCGAACCUUCGAUCCGACGGCACACGAUCUGGACGCUUCUUUUCGGUUGACGCGCUUCGCCGAUUUGAAGGGACGCGCGUGCAAGGUACCGAAGGAAGUCCUGGAGAAGCUGGUCUCUUCGCUGCAGCAUGAUUAUAUGCAGGAUCCGGACCAACCGUACAUGUCACUCGCGUCCCCGCGAAUCGGCAUCGGACUCGACUGUUCCGUCAUUCCUCUGCGUCACGGUGGCCUCUGUAUGGUGCAGACGACCGAUUUCUUCUACCCGAUCGUCGAUGAUCCGUACAUGAUGGGUAAGAUAACGUGCGCGAACGUGCUGAGCGAUUUGUAUGCAAUGGGAGUGACGGAGUGUGACAACAUGCUGAUGCUGUUGGCCGUGAGCACGAAGAUGCACGAGAAGGAGCGCGACGUAGUCAUUCCGUUGAUAAUGCGGGGUUUCAAGGACUCGGCGCUACAGGCUGGAACGAGCGUGACCGGUGGACACAGUGUCGUCAAUCCUUGGUGCACGAUUGGUGGAGUGGCUACUACGAUUUGUCAGCAAAACGAAUUCAUCGUACCGGAUAACGCAGUCAUUGGUGACGUGCUGGUGUUGACGAAAGCUCUCGGUACCCAGGUUGCCGUGUGUGCACACCAGUGGCUCGACCAGGCAGAACGAUGGAACCGUAUUAAGCUGGUGGUUUCGGAAGAGGACGUCCGCAAAGCGUACCACCGGGCAAUGGAUUCGAUGGCACGGUUGAAUCGCGUUGCGGCCCGCCUUAUGCACAAAUACAAUGCCCACGGUGCGACCGAUGUGACCGGGUUCGGGUUGCUAGGACACGCACAAACGCUCGCUUCGCAUCAGAAGAAUGAGGUAUCGUUCGUCAUCCACAAUUUGCCAGUGAUCGCCAAAAUGUCCGCCGUGGCGAAGGCUUGCGGUAACAUGUUUCAGCUACUGCAGGGACACUCGGCCGAAACGUCGGGUGGGUUGCUGAUCUGCUUGCCACGCGAACAGGCGGCCGCAUACUGUAAGGACAUCGAGAAGCAGGAGGGCUAUCAAGCAUGGAUCAUCGGUAUCGUUGAGAAGGGUAGUCGGACCGCUCGUAUCAUCGACAAACCGCGAGUGAUCGAAGUUCCGGCGAAGGACUAAACACCGAGCGAUGCGAUGAGUAGCUUAGAAGAAGGAGAGUUCCCUGUAAUACCCUUUCCGAUAAUCACAGGAACACAAGUAUGCAUUCAUCGUGUAAGCGGUUGAGAUGAUAGGGCUAGCAGAUGUGCGUUACUCGAUUUUCAAAUGGAUAAUGUACUAUAGGAGACAGAUUCGGUAUGGCCAUGGACCGUCGUCGACAGCAGAUGGCGCGGAAGGGAUGUCCGAAGCGAUUAAGCAGAACGCAACGGAAGUUCUUUUUUCGUUGUAAGAAAAAAUAUUGAAUAAUCUUCUGAACUGGAGUAAAGGGCGGAAAUAUUUUCCGGCUCCGUUCCAGUUAUGUUUUAUGUAAUACUAACGAGUAAUAAACGAUGUAAAAAACAAAAUAAUGGCAUUCUCUAUCUCUUCAAUGGCUGCA